AUGGGUCGCGUUAUUCGCAACCAGAGAAAGGGUCGCGGAUCCAUCUUCACCGCCAACACUCGCCUUCGAAAGGCCCCGGCCCAGUUCCGAACACUCGACUACGCCGAGCGACAUGGUUACGUCCGCGGUAUUGUGAGGGAGAUCAUCCACGACCCCGGCCGAGGUGCUCCUCUGGCCAAGGUUGUCUUCCGGGACCCCUACAAGUUCAAGCAGCACACCGAGACCUUCAUCGCCAACGAGGGAAUGUACACUGGUCAAUUCAUUUAUGCCGGAAAGAACGCUGCUCUGACCGUUGGCAACAUUCUGCCCCUGGGCUCCGUUCCUGAGGGUACCGUUGUCUCAAACGUGGAGGGCAAGAUUGGUGACCGAGGCACUCUGGGCCGCACUUCCGGCAACUACAUCACCGUUGUUGGCCACAACCCCGACGAGGGCAAGACGAGAAUCAAGCUGCCCUCUGGCGCCAAGAAGGUCGUCCACAGCCAAUCCCGAGGCAUGAUCGGUAUUGUCGCUGGUGGCGGCCGUACUGACAAGCCCAUGCUGAAGGCUUCUCGUGCUAAGCAUAAGUUCGCUGUCAAGCGCAACAGCUGGCCAAAGACUCGUGGUGUUGCCAUGAACCCCGUCGACCAUCCUCACGGUGGUGGUAACCAUCAACAUAUCGGUAAAGCCUCUACGAUCUCCAGGUACGCUGCACAGGGUCAAAAGGCCGGUCUUAUUGCUGCGAGAAGAACUGGUCUGCUGCGUGGUACUCAGAAGACGAAGGAGUAA